AUGACGGAAAUCUGCGACACCAAUUCCGUUUACGCGAAGACUAGAAGACUGCCCGACACUCUCGAGGAGCUUUCGAGAGAUUACCCCGACCAAACAUUGCUCCUUGUACCAAAUGAUGAGGAUCUUAAACAUGGAUGGCGAAGCAUCACAUAUCGCCAUCUCGCGAACGCUGUAGAUGGCAUGUGUCGAUGGAUUGAGGCUGAGUUCGGCGCUGGCCAGAGGAACAUCGACGUGGCAGCGUACAUGGGGUAUGUAUACCACAUAAUUCGCUGCGACCAGAGCGCCAGUGCUGACAUUCAUGAAGUAUCAAUGACUCGAGAUAUUUAGUCACCGAGAUCGCUCUCAUGAAGGCAGGAUACAAGGUUCGUUUACAGCACUUGAUGGGUACUGGCGUGCCUGCUAACAAUUUACAGGCCUUGCUACCGUCGCCCCGUAACUCCCAGGAGGGACAGGCUUCGCUCUUCAAGACAACAAAAUGCAACAUCCUCAUACACAGUCAAGGAGUGGAUACCCAUAUCGACAGCAUCAAAUCCGCACUUCCAGAUGUGCGAACCAAACAGAUUCCUUCAUUUGAGGAGCUGGAGCAGCAAGGCCGAGACGCCGAUCAUCCUUACCAAGGACCACCCGGCGAUCGGGAUGACAAUGAAGUCCUCAUAUUGCACACGAGUGGAAGCACUGGUCUUCCAAAGCCCAUAUACCAUACCCAUACGAGCAUUAGUACGGUCACUGCAGCCAAGGCCCUGUACAAGCCGCAGGGACGGCGCAAUGUUCAAGACCCAUACCUGGAGUCCGACAGGCUGCUUCUGACCACCGCACCCUUCUUUCACAUGAUGGGCCAAGCCAUUUUGUGGCGCACGAUCCAUUGCCGUGCACCUCUCGUAGCUCCGCCGCCAGAGAAGCCAGUGAUGGCGGACCUUGUCAUCGAGGUCAUUAAGCAGACCAAGCCUUCAUGUGCCAUCUUCCCUCCGUCAGUUCUGGAGGAGAUUGCCGAAGCACCGAGAGGCAUGGAGGCCUUGGGAACACUCGAAUACUGUUUCUACGGAGGUGGACCACUGGCUCUUGGCAUCGGGAACAAGGUUACGCACGUCACUCACCUCCUUCCAGUAAUUGGUUCAACGGAGGCUGGUCUGAUGCCAUGUCGGAUGCCGGAAGACAGACAUGAAUGGAGGGCGUUUGAAUGGGCACCAGGCUCAGGUAUCGACAUGGAGCCAGAGCAAGACAGCGAUGCGCUGUACGAGUGUGUCAUUAAGCCGGCCGAUCGCAGGUUCCAAGGAAUCUUCCAUACAUUUCCGGGGAUCUCGGAAUGGCGCACCAAGGACUUGUUCGAGCGUCACCCCAACAACAAGAACCUGUGGUUCUACAAAGGUCGGAAGGAUGAUGUGCUUGUUUUGAGCAACGGCGAAAAGUUCAACCCGGUCGGAUUUGAAAAGACGCUGGAAAGCAACGCACUGAUCAAAGGAGCAUUGGUUGUGGGCCAAGCACGCUUCCAGACCGGUCUGAUUAUUGAGCCCGAAUGGUCGCUUGUCCCGCACGGCACAGGACCCGAGCAGCUGCUUGAUGAAUUCUGGCCACUGAUCGAAGAAGCAAACGCGGCAAGUCCAGCGCACGGCAGAGUGUGGCGAUCGAAGGUGGCCAUUGCGAAGCGGGACAAGCCCUUCAAACGGUCACCGAAAGGGUCUAUCAACCGACGACAAACCACGGAUUUGUACAAACCCGAGAUAGAUGCCAUCUACGCCAACGAAGCUAGCGACGAUGACCUCGGCCGACUACAGCCUGAUGCCGAUCUCGACACCGCUCUCACAUUUGUACGGAACGUAUUCAAAGCGAAGGGGGUUGAGAUUCCAGACUCGGCAAGCGACGACCAAGAUCUCUUCAGCUUCGGUAUGGAUUCUCUGCAAGUGCUCGCUCUGUCUUCAACAUUGAGUCAUGCGACUGGCACGACUGUUGCUCCAAGAGACAUCUAUGGCCACCCAUCCAUUGCAGCGCUCGCAGGCCUUCUCCGAGGCCCUCAGUCUGGCGAUGCUACACCUGCGCUGAGCAGAGAAGAAGCGAUGGCGAAGAUGGUUGAGAAGUACACCCAUGACUUGUCAUCACGACGUGCUUCUGGCCCGAAGGAGAGGGCCGAGCGGCACACCUACAUCGUAACAGGAACAACCGGAUCACUGGGAAAUUACAUCCUUCAGGACCUAUUAGUCUCACCUCAAGUCGGACACGUGUACUGCCUCAACCGCUCAGCAGACGCCGAGGCUCGCCAACGACAAAGCUUCCAGGACCGCGGGCUGUCCGCCGACUUCUCCAAAGCCACUUUCUUGCAGGCCGACUUUGGCCAAGACCGCUUUGGCCUUUCCCACGAGAUCUACGAGCGACUCCUCCGCUCGGUCGACAUCUUCAUUCACAGCGCUUGGGCGGUCAACUUCAACAAGACGCUCCAGACAUAUGAGGGUGUACAUGUUGCAGGUACACGUCGAUGCGUCGACUUCAGUCUUGAUUCCAAGUACAGAACACAGAUUGUAUUCAUCUCCUCGAUCGCCAGCGUUGGGGCAUACCCGGUCUCCCAUCCCGAGGAUAAAGAGGUACCCGAGCAAAUCUUCGAAGAUCACAGUGUGCCUCUCCCGCAAGGCUACGGAGAAUCAAAGCAUGUAGCAUCACUCAUCUUGGCUAAUGCUGCCAGAGACGCUGGCGUGCCAGCCACCGUGAUCCGUGCUGGACAAUUGGCUGGCCCCAAAGGCGACGGGGCGCCCUGGAAUCGACACGAAUGGCUGCCAAGUAUUGUCAUCUCCUCCAAGGCUCUCGGCAUGGUGCCUCAACGACUGGGCAACCAAGACGUUGUUGACUGGGUGCCUAUGGACCUCGCUGCGAAGUCUGUCGUCGACAUUGCAGAAACGAGAGCUCAGCAGGAUGAAGCUCUGGCUGUCGCGCACCUCGUGAAUCCGCACACUGUGAGCUGGAGCGACCUGGUUCCUCAUGUCGAAGACUCAUUGGCACAAGAGACCGGGAAGGAGAUACAGGUAGUGUCAUUCAGAACCUGGCUGGAUGAGUUGAAGAAGGCGCCUCAGACUCCCGAGGAAAUUGAGAAGAAGCCGGGAAUCAAGUUGAUCGAUUUCUACGAAGGCUUGUUGACCGAGGGCGGAGGACUGCCGCCUCUUGCAACCAAAGAGACACAGAAGAUGAGCGAGACUGUCAGGACCAUGGAGGCCGUGGAUGCUCCUGUGAUGAGGAAGUGGUUGACACAAUGGCGGGGAGCUUGA